AAGAUACAGCUUUAUGGAGACUAAUGGUUUUAAUAGGAGAGGAAGAAGAAGAGAACAUAUAAUUCAUUACAAUAUUAAUGGCGAAGUGAGCACUUCAUCUACUGAUGAAGAACUCGACCCAUGGACAGCUUGGGCCUACAAGCCUCGAACUAUUUCAUUGUUAUUCAUUGGUGCAUGUUUUCUUAUUUGGGCAAGUGGAGCUCUUACUCCUGAAAGUAAUUCAUCGCCUGAUCUUGUUACAUCAGUCAAAAGGGGCAUAUGGGCAAUGAUUGCAGUUUUUCUGACUUAUUGUUUGCUGCAAGCUCCUUCAACGUUACUAAUUAGACCACAUCCUGCAAUUUGGCGUUUAGUUCAUGGAAUGGCUGUUAUCUACCUUGUUGCUUUGACUUUUUUGCUUUUCCAGAAUCGUGAUGAUGCUAGGCAGCUUAUGAAGUAUCUCCACCCUGAUCUUGGAGUUGAGCUUCCUGAGAGAUCAUAUGGUAGUGAUUGUCGAAUUUAUGUGGCUGAUAAUCCAACUAGCAGGUUUAUAAAUGUUUAUGAGACACUUUUUGAUGAAUUUGUUCCUGCUCAUAUUUUCGGGUGGUGGGGUAAAGCAAUAAUGAUCCGUAAUCAGCCCCUUUUAUGGGUGUUAUCAAUUGGAUUUGAAUUAAUGGAGCUUACUUUUCGCCAUAUGUUGCCAAAUUUCAAUGAGUGUUGGUGGGAUAGCAUUAUUCUUGAUAUAUUAAUCUGCAAUUGGUUUGGUAUAUGGGCAGGAAUGCAUACUGUUCGAUAUUUUGAUGGAAAAACAUACGAAUGGGUUGGAAUAAGUCGUCAACCGAAUAUAUUAGGCAAAGUGAAAAGAACAUUGGGUCAAUUCACUCCUGCACAUUGGGACAAAGAUGAAUGGCAUCCACUUCUUGGGCCAUGGAGAUUCAUUCAAGUUCUUAGCCUUUGCAUUGUGUUCUUAACAGUUGAACUCAAUACUUUUUUCUUAAAAUUUUGCCUUUGGGUUCCUCCUAGAAACCCAAUCAUUGUUUAUAGAUUGGUCCUUUGGUGGCUCAUUGCUAUCCCUACUAUUCGAGAGUAUAAUUCUUACCUACAAGAUCGAAAACCGGUGAAAAAGGUGGGAGCUUUUUGUUGGCUUUCCCUUGCAAUUUGCAUCAUUGAACUCUUCAUAUGUAUCAAGUUUGGAUAUGGUUUGUUUCCAACUCCAAUGCCAAGUUGGCUGGUGGUGAUGUGGACAUUUGCUGGAAUUGGGAUUUUGGGAUUCUUGAUCAUGUGGACACGAAAAUCCCGUCAAACUAUAAUCCAAAAGCGCGUAUGAAAAUUUUUUAAAGAAAUAUUUGUGGGAUUUAGCAAUUCUUUGAUUCCUUGGUGUUAGAUGUUUGUAAAUGCUAAUUAUUUGAAAUUGUAAAUGCUUCUUAUUAUUUCAAGACCAGAAGGGAAAAGGAUAAAUUCUCCUUUUGAGUUUUUUAUUUGGUUAAAAUGACAACCAAAUCACACCAGAAAGCCAAAAGGCAAGGAUUCUUCAAUGACAAUAAAAAUGAGAGAAGAAUCUGUAAUUUGUUUGAUUGCAUAAGCAAAUAAAAAGAAUUUCUGAACUAUGUACUUUUUAUAUAUAUA